UUCGGUGGCAUUCUCUCUUUACCCAUGAACCCCAAACUGACCCAGGAACAGGAGAAACAGCUGUGUUCCUUACUGGGAAACGUCAAACUCAGCCUGCUGUUCAAGGCCAGUAUAUAUGGCUACACAGCAGCAGCCUUUCACCAGAAAUGUGACCACCAAGGUCCCACAGUCUCUGUAGGAUAUAACUCCACAGGGUUUGUUUUUGGAGGCUACACAAGUAAAGAUCAUGAUGUAGCCAAGCAAGGCCAGUACAUACAGGAUGACAAAGCCUUUUUGUUCAGUUUAACUGGUAGAAAUCCUGUCAGAUAUCCCGUCACAAAUGCCCAAUAUGCGGUCAAAAUGCACAACACAACUGGCCCUUACUUUGGGGAGGAUUUGAUGUUUAUGAACGCUAACACAGCUACAGUGAUCAGUGUUCCAGGAAAGCACUACAACUUCAAUGCUGCAGAAAUGCAUGGCAAUAACCUCAACCUAACUGAGUGUGAGGUGUAUAAAGUGGAAGAAGGUGGUAACAUCAUCGGAAAGCCAUGGAGGACAGUUCUUUGGAAAGCUGAGAGGAGAAUGGAGCUGAUGGAGUCUGUUAAGCUCUACAGGCCCAUGAUCAGUUCUGUGGGUCAGGCUAGAGUUCUACUUAUCGGCCCCGUCGGCGCUGGAAAGUCCAGCUUUUUCAACUCUGUCAACUCCAUCUUCCGAGGCCAUGUGACCAGCCAGGCCAUAUCGGGCAGCUCUGGAACCAGUCUGACCACUCAGUUUCGCACCUACUCAGUUAAGGCUGGACGCGAUGGUAAACCGCUGGCAAUCAUUUUGUGUGACACGAUGGGAAUGGAGGAGGCCACAGGGGCGGGGCUAGAUGUGGACGACAUCAGCAGCAUUCUGAAAGGCCAUGUGCCAGACAGAUACCGGUUCAACCCCUCAGUCCCUCUGCAAGCAGAUGACCACGGAUUCCGGCAGUCAGUGAACCUGCAUGAAAGGAUCCACUGUGUGGUGUACGUCAUGGACACCUGCAAAGUCUCCAUUAUGUCCACCAAACUGGAGGAGAAACUGGUGGCCAUUCGCAGGAGGGUCAACCUGCUAGGCAUCCCACAGCUGGUUCUUCUUACCAAGGUGGAUGAGGCUUGUCCCUGUGUGGCCGACAACUUGAGGAACGUGUACAACAGCCAGUACAUAAAGACCAAGGCCCAGGAGGUGAGUGGCCGUCUGGGGCUACCCAUGUCCUGCAUUGUCCCAGUGAAGAACUACAGUGAAGAGCUGGAGCUGGACAUGAGCUGUGACAUCCUGCUCCUCAGCGCCCUGAUCCAGAUGCUCCGCUUCGCAGACAACUACUUUGAUGACGUCAACGACCAAGAGAAUGGUAGCAUGAGACGGAGUCUA